CCCGCCACCCGGGCAGAGGAGAGGAGCGCGCGGCCGCGCAGAGCAAGCUGAGCGGAGCGGAGCCGAGCCGAGCCGAGCCGGGGGCGCAGAGGGCGGGAGGCAGCGGCGGCGCGGAGCCCAGGUGGCUCCGCUGCCAGAUGGGAGUGCCCCAGUGUGCUGGAUGAAGCUGGCACAUGCACCAUGUCAUCAUGUGUCUCUAGCCAGCCCAGCAGCAACCGGGCCACCCCCCAGGAUGAUCUGGGGGGCAGGGGCAGCAGCAGCAGCAAAAGCCAGCAGCCCUGUGCGGCCCUACGGGGCCUCUCAUCCUUGAGCAUCCACUUGGGCAUGGAGUCCUUCAUCGUGGUCACCGAGUGUGAGCCGGGCUGUGCUGUGGACCUCGGCCUGGCCCGGGAUCGGCCUCUGAAGGCCGAUGGCCAAGAGGCCCCCCUCGACACCUCCGGGUCCCAGGCCCGGCCCCAUCUCUCUGGUCGCAAGCUGUCUCUGCAAGAGCGGUCCCAGGCUGGGCUGGCAGCCGGCGGCGACCUCGACAUGAACGGACGCUGCAUCUGCCCAUCCUUGCCCUACUCGCCUGUCAGCUCCCCGCAGUCCUCGCCUCGGCUGCCCCGGCGGCCCACAGUGGAGUCUCACCAUGUCUCCAUCACGGGUAUGCAGGACUGUGUGCAGCUGAAUCAGUAUACCCUGAAGGAUGAAAUUGGAAAGGGCUCCUAUGGCGUCGUCAAGUUGGCCUACAAUGAAAAUGACAAUACCUACUAUGCAAUGAAGGUGCUGUCCAAAAAGAAGCUGAUCCGGCAGGCCGGCUUUCCACGUCGCCCCCCACCCCGAGGCACCCGGCCAGCCCCUGGAGGCUGCAUCCAGCCCAGGGGCCCCAUUGAGCAGGUGUACCAGGAAAUUGCCAUCCUCAAGAAGCUGGACCACCCCAAUGUGGUGAAGCUGGUGGAGGUCCUGGAUGACCCCAAUGAGGACCAUCUGUACAUGGUGUUCGAACUGGUCAACCAAGGGCCCGUGAUGGAAGUGCCCACCCUCAAACCACUUUCUGAAGACCAGGCCCGUUUCUACUUCCAGGAUCUGAUCAAAGGCAUCGAGUACUUACACUACCAGAAGAUCAUCCACCGUGACAUCAAACCUUCCAACCUCCUGGUCGGAGAAGAUGGGCACAUCAAGAUAGCCGACUUUGGUGUGAGCAAUGAGUUCAAGGGCAGCGACGCUCUCCUCUCCAACACAGUGGGCACGCCCGCCUUCAUGGCGCCCGAGUCGCUCUCUGAGACCCGCAAGAUCUUCUCUGGGAAGGCACUGGAUGUUUGGGCCAUGGGUGUGACACUCUACUGCUUUGUCUUUGGCCAGUGCCCAUUCAUGGACGAGCGGAUCAUGUGUUUACACAGUAAGAUCAAGAGUCAGGCCCUGGAAUUUCCAGACCAGCCAGAUAUAGCUGAGGACUUGAAGGACCUGAUCACCCGUAUGCUGGACAAGAACCCUGAGUCGAGGAUCGUGGUGCCGGAAAUCAAGCUGCACCCCUGGGUCACGAGGCACGGGGCGGAGCCGUUGCCGUCGGAGGACGAGAACUGCACGCUGGUCGAAGUGACCGAAGAGGAGGUCGAGAACUCAGUCAAACAUAUUCCCAGCCUGGCAACCGUGAUCCUGGUGAAGACCAUGAUACGGAAACGCUCCUUUGGGAACCCAUUUGAGGGCAGCCGGCGGGAGGAGCGCUCGUUGUCAGCGCCUGGAAACCUGCUCACCAAAAAAACAACCAGGGAAUGUGAGCCCCUGUCUGAGCUCAAGGAAGCAAGGCAGCGAAGACAACCUCCAGGGCACCGACCCGCCCCCCGUGGGGGAGGAGGAAGUGCUCUUGUGAAAGGCAGCCCCUGUGUGGAAAGUUGCGGGGCCCCUGCCCCCGGCUCCCCCACACCCAUGCAUCCACCGCAGCUGGAGGAGGCGAUGGAGUCCGAGUAGCUGCCUGGACCGCUCGACCUCGCAUGCACGCCGCGUCGCCUCUGCGGGGCUGCUACACCCGCGUUUCCAUAGCAGCAUGUCCUACGGAAACCGAGCACGUGUGUAGAGCCUCGAUCGUCAUCUCUGGUUAUUUGUUUCUUCCUUUGUUGUUUUAAAGGGGAAAAAAAAAAAAAAAAGGACUUGACUCCGUGACGUGGACCUUGGCCGCUGGCUGGCUGAACAGGCAGGUGUGAGGAGUGGCAGACCCAAACCCAUGUGCAUUUUGGGACAGUUGCUUUUUAAAACGUUUUUAUGC